AUGAGCACACGUAAAGUUCCUUCAUCUGAAGCAAAAGAUGUUAUUUACUGGCGUUACCAUUGGAAGAAAAAUGAUCCAGUUAUGGUAUCAAGGAAACUCGGAGCAGUAAACUGGGUUCUUUUACGUGAAAAGCUUAAUGAAAUGAAUGGUAUGCACGAGAAAGAAAUUAAUCCCCAUACUCUUCGAGCUCAAAUUAUUGCAUCCCAGUUGGAGAAUAUAACUAGAGGAUCAAUACCACAUCAAAAUAAUACUAGUAAAAUAGGAAAAGAAUCAACUGUCUACACUGGAGGUCCAUAUACAAAAGGAAUGACACCAGAAGAGCGAAAACAAUUCUUCAGGACAAAACUGAACCAAAAAGCAAGAGAAGGUUUUCGUUUCUGGAUAAGUGAACGUCCGAAACCAACAAAGUGUAAGAAUACAAUUCAAUGUAAUAAUGCUUGA